GUUAGAUCGAGUCGAAUAAAAUGCAAGUUAUUAAUUUUUAUUCGGUGAGUAUAUUUUUGUCUUACGUUAAAUUAAGAAUAGAUGCGACAAAUGUCGGAUUACAAAGUGUAUCUACUUUCGGUGUCUUACCUGGCAGUAAUAAACUACGUACUAAUCAAUCAAAAACAUUUGGUUUUUCACCUAAUAAUGGUUUAAUUCCUGAUUCUGGUGUCAGCAAAACUAAUCAACCGUUACAGUAUAAUGAUUUGAGUACUACAAGGAUAUCGGCAGUAAAUAAGCCUGUCAAAAAUGAAAUCGAUAAUUUAGCAACUACAUUCUACGAUAAUCCGGGUAAACCUAAUACAGUUUCAUUCAGGCUAUAUAAUGCCACAGCUAGUAUUUUCAAUUCUAUGUUAGAUAUUUGGUUAGUAAAUGAAGAGAAACUGGUAGAAGGGGCAAAAAGUGUGGGGAUUCCGGAAGAUAUUGUUUUAGCGGUAAAUGGUUCAAUGACUCAACUAUUUGCGUUUCAACGUAAUAACAAUGGCAUAAAAAUAGACAAUUUAUCAAAUUUAUUCUAUUACAUGUUUGACAUAAAACACAUGAGUGAAAAAGAUACCGAUAUUAACGUCAUUAAAGAUAAAUUAAUGAAUUUCAGUUCAAAAAUACAAUGUUAUGAUUGUUUGUUGAAUCGUGUUAGUGAAAGUGUGAACAGCGGACUUGAAAAUCUUAAAAAUAUUCUAAAUGAAUUAAAAAUUGACAAUUAUAAUUUGAGCUAUAUUAUAGUUAAUGUCGUGUUAAUGAAAAGCAUGAUGCUAAUAAACAAAUCAAACGGUGAACAUUUGAAUAAAAUGAUAAACGCAUUAUCUACAGAUUAUUUUAACAAAGUUAAAGCAGACCAAUACGAAAUACAAAGGUCUUUGAUAGACAAAAACCAUGUAGAAUUAAUUGGUAAUGUAAUGCCUAUUAUAUUCGGUGUGUUAUAUAACCACAUAGAGUUAUUAACUAAGUUGAAAGAACAUACAAUUAACGAAGAAGACGAGAACCAAAUUAAAUAUUUGAAUACAUUUUUUUCGGAUACUAUGAAUAUCUUCAUAAACCGUUAUUUCAUUUUCGGAUACGAGAUCAAAAACAAAAUUUCAGAUUUAAAAUCAGUAAAGCAAUUGUUACAAAUGUUAAAUCCAAAAGAUAUGGAUCCCAGAAAGACUCAAGAAUCAAAUAAAAAUAUGAUCACACCACAGUUUUUGGAAUUAACGGAAAUGGCGAUCGCUGAAAUAUUGAGUCUUGUUGGAAAAAGCAAUGCAGAAGAGUGGAAACAAAACAACAUUUUUAAAUGCGAUUACGAACAAAAUGAAGAUAAAGAUUAUUAUAUAGAAUUGUUAACUAAUAAUGCUGAUUUAUUGUAUUCGUUAUUAGAGGAAUUUGAAAAUAGUUUUUUAAAUGGAAUUGAAUAUAAAAAAAAACAAUAAUAACUAAUUAAAUUAUGG